UUGUCGCCCGACGCAAGCAUGCUCACGAAGCUCACCCGCCGUCCAAACCUCCGGUCGCUGGCCACGCGCCAUGCGACGACGACGUCGCUGCAGCUCAAGGAGUACGACCUCGUCGUCAUUGGCAGCGGGCCGUCCGCGGUCCAGUGCGCCAUCGAGUCGGUCAAGAAGGGCAAGACCGUCGCCGUCAUCGACAAGAAGGCUGGCAUUGGCGGCGUCUGCGUGCACACGGGCACGAUUCCGUCCAAGACCUUUCGCGAGUCCGUGCUCCAUCUCUCGGGCUUCCGCCACCAAGGGUUCUACGGCAAGUCGUAUGCGCGCGACAACAUUACGCUCAACGACAUUCUCGGGCGCGUGAACACGGUCGUCUCGAAGGAAAUGGACGUGAUUCAGGCGCAGCUCAAGGCCGCGCGCGUCGACCUCGUGCCCGGCCUCGCGCGCUUUGAGAAUGAAAACGAAGUGUCGGUCGAAGGCGACGAUGGCCAGCCGACGCGCCUCCGCGGCAAGAAGUUUCUCGUCGCGUGCGGGACGCGGCCGGCGCACAGCCCGCUCGUGCCCUGCGACGGCAAGGUCAUCCUCGACAGCGACCAGAUCCUCAACCACGGCACGACCAAGCUGCCCAAGUCCUGGAUCGUCGUCGGCGCCGGCGUCAUUGGCAUGGAGUACGCAUCGAUGCUCAACGUGCUGCCGGGCAUCAACGUCACGGUCGUCGACGGCCGCGCCGAGAUCCUGAGCUUUUGCGACGACGAGAUUGUGAGCUCGCUCAAGAUGGAGAUGCGGCACAAGGGCGCGCGCUUCCUCCUCGGCGAGUCCAUCAAAAGCGUCGAGCACUUCAAGAACGGCGUCAAGGUCGAGUUCAACAGCGGCAAGGCUAUGUUUGCCGAGGCGCUGCUCUACUGCGUUGGCCGCCAGGCCAACACGGACGGCCUCAACCUCGAAGCGGUCGGGCUCUCGAAGAACCACCGCGGCCUCAUUACGGUCAACGAACAGUACCAGACGUCGCACCCGCACAUCUACGCCGCGGGCGACUGCAUUGGCGCGCCGUCGCUGGCGUCAACGAGCAUGGAGCAGGGCCGGCUCGCGGCGUGCGACAUGUGGAGCGACAAGGACCAGACGACGUCGCAGCUCGAGUCGGGCAACUACCCGUACGGCAUUUACACGAUCCCGGAGAUCUCGAUGGUCGGCAAGACGGAGCAGCAGCUCACAAAGGAAGGCGCCAACUACGCCGUGGGUCUCGCCAAGUUUUCCGAGCUCGCCAAGGGCCAAAUGAGCGGCGACAUUGAAGGCAUCCUCAAGCUUCUCUUCGAUCCCGUCUCGCUCCAGCUCCUCGGCGUCCACGCGAUUGGGCACGGCGCCACCGAGAUCAUCCACAUUGGCCAAGUGGCCAUGGCCAUGAACUGCAAGCUCACGUACUUCCGCGACGCCGUCUUCAACUACCCGACGCUCGCCGAGGGCUACCGCGUCGCCGCGCUGAAUGGUCUCGGGCGCCUGACGAAAGAACAAAAUUAACUAGCCAAUACACCCCUCUGGACGCGCUC